AUGGUGGAAACAGCGUUGGUUCCUCCUCCUCCUCCCAGGAGUAUGGCACCCCUGAAGGAUCUCGAGGAGACAACUGUCACUCCAUCUACUACUAGUAGCGCCAUAGCUAGCCCAACAAUGAUGAUGAAUCUGUUUGCGGCGUCUCUUCCCUUUGACUAUGCGUUUGUUCUGAACCUCGAAGGUCGAUUUCUCUUUCGCAAUCCAGGUCUCCAACGGCUUGGGUUCCAUCCAGAAGGAUUCUCGUCCGGGGGUCUCUUGAAGGAAGAUUCCGUCAUGGCACUGGAAUUGCUGGUGCAAAAGGCACUGGCAUCGCAGGAGACACUGCAGUCUCAAGAGUGCGUAUCGUUCCACCAGGAUGACGACUCUACCGCUGCGAGUACGAAGAGGAGUACAACAGCACUUUGGGAUGUGACUCUCUUUCCCAUGAAGGAACCAGAUGGUCGGAUGGUGGCACUUGGCGGACUGAUACAAGAACAACAAACUGUAAAAGACACUGUGGUUCAUCAGGAGGAGGACGAGGAGUGCAAAGAGGCAGAACCAAGUCAUUGUUGUCCCGAAGAGAGUCGCCACCAGAGAACCAUGUCAGAUGCCGUACGAGAGAGCGAAGAACGUCAUCAGACAUUGUUUGAAAACAUGAAGCAAGGUGUGGUGUACCACGCCGCCGACGGACACACCAUGGCGGCCAACCAAUCCGCGCUACGGAUUCUCGGACUCUCCAUGGAUCAAAUGCUGGGCAAGAGUCCCAUGCAUCCACAGUGGCGGUUCAUUUACGAAGAUGGAUCCACCAUUCCCGUCCAAGAGUAUCCCGCCGUGGUGGCGCUCUCGGGCAAACCCGUUACCAACAUGAUACUCGGCAUUGUCGUGGGCGAUGAGGCAGUGCAUUGGGUCCAGUUGGAUGCCAUGCCUCGUUUUCGCCUCGGCGACGAAGGCAAGCCGUAUCAGGCGUACACCAUCUUUACGGACAUUACCGAGGCCAAACAGAUUGAACGGAGUCUACGCCGUGCCAAAGAAAAGGCCGAAGAGGCGGAUCUAUUAAAGAGUUCCUUUUUGGCCACCAUGUCGCACGAAAUUCGGACUCCACUGAACGGCAUCAUGGGUCAUCUGGAUCUCAUCCUGUCGAAUGGUCUGGAUGAAGAAAGCAAAGAGGAAAACAUGGAAGGAGUUCAGGUCGCCAUGAACAGUGGCAAGCUGUUGCUCUCCAUCAUUCAGGAUAUCUUGGACUUGUCAAAGAUCGAGGCGGGGCAACUCGACAUGGUGCAUAAACCCAUUACGAUUCGGGACAUGAUGGACAACACAAUGAAGCUGGCAAACGCAUAUUGCAUUCAAAGAAAGAAGGAGCAUCUUCGCCUCUUGCAGUCCAUCGAUGAUGGCAUUGCUAGCCAAAUCUAUGGUGAUCAGUUUCGAGUUCAACAGGUCUUGAAUAACUUGCUAUCUAACUCCAUCAAAUUCUCAGAGUCUGGGGAGGUUGCGGUGACAGUACGACUCGGUUCAGCCGAUGGUAUGGUCCAGUUUUGUGUCCGAGACACCGGGAAAGGCAUCCCCGGAGAUCGCCUUGACAUGAUCUUUGAGCCGUUCCGCCAGGUUGACUUUAGUGAUACUAGAACUCAUGGAGGAACUGGGCUUGGUUUGACGAUAUGCAAAAAACUCGUUGAGAUCAUGGGUGGACACAUGUGGGUCGUGUCAAGCACGAAGAAUGAGUGUCAUGGUUCACGAUUCUACUUUACACUCCCCUACAAGCCAGCAGCACCAGGAAGCGGAACAGACUUGGACCUGAAAAAGACUAUACAAAUCCCCCCUCUUCCGGUCACCGAACGGCCCCCUCUUCGAUGUCAACGCUCCGGAGUGGUACUGCUCGCCGAAGACGACACUGUCAGUCGAAAGGUCGCCACUCGGAUGUUGCAGAAGGUUGGCUUGAAGGUAUUGUCAGCGAGAGAUGGAGCUGAAGCCGUGGAUUUGUUCGAAAAACACCACGGCGAGAUCGACCUGAUCCUCAUGGACGUCAUGAUGCCAAAGCUAUCUGGAUUGGAAGCUACGGAAAAGAUUCGGGAGGUCGAAAGAGAAGGCAACUUCACUGAAACGGUUCCAAUAUGUGCCCUUUCAGCGGGCGCUAUGAAAGGGGACAAGGAAAAGGGUCUCGAAGUGGGGAUGAACGACUACCUAUACAAACCAAUCAAUCGAUCUCAGCUUCUCAAGACACUCGAGACUUAUCUGGGUCCUCACGAACACGGCGCCCUGAAACGACCAUUCGUUCACACAGUCAACAGUCCAGCGGCUACCCCGCAACGGCAAUAG